UUGAUGUCUGUAUUGAACUGACUGCAGCUUCCUGGCAGACUAAGAAGUACUCGAUGUGUGGAACCUUAGCGUUGCAGCAGCAUGGAAACACAAGCCAUGGCCGAGUGUUAAGCUAUUUAUAACUUCACUCUGAGCUGAUGCUGCGUUCAGGUGCUCUGAUACCUGCAGUUUAUUAGAGUGCCAGUGUGUGUGAGGGGAGCUGCAAUGAUGACCAAUUAGGACACCUUUGAUUAUCCAUGAAGACGAAUCAGAAACCUGAGCAGCGCCUCCUCUCUGAUGAUGAUAUAUUACGUUGUUCCCCAUGACCUGUACGCACAGAACGAGAUGAAGGAAACUUUCCUGUUUUCUGUCCAAAUAUCUUCUGUGAUCGGGUUCUGUUGAGUUUCAUCAUUCCAGGGUCUGAUUAAGCCCUAACGUGGUCCCUGUCUCAGGGUCUGUGUUGGUUACUAACUCCCCCUCUGGACCCUCAGGGUCUGUGUUAGUUACUAACUCCCCCUCUGGUCCCUCAGGGUCUAUGUUAGUUACUAACUCCCCCUCUGGUCCCUCAGGGUCUGUGUUAGUUACUAACUCCCCCUCUGGUCCCUCAGGGUCUGUGUUAGUUACUAACUCCCCCUCUGGUCCCUCAGGGUCUGUGUUAGUUACUAACUCCCCCUCUGGUCCCUCAGGGUCUGUGUUAGUUACUAACUCCCCCUCUGGACCCUCAGGGUCUGUGUUAGUUACUAACUCCCCCUCUGGUCCCUCAGGGUCUGUGUUAGUUACUAACUCCCCCUCUGGUCCCUCAGGGUCUGUGUUAGUUACUAACUCCCCCUCUGGUCCCUCAGGGUCUGUGUUAGUUACUAACUCCCCCUCUGGUCCCUCAGGGUCUGUGUUAGUUACUAACUCCCCCUCUGGACCCUCAGGGUCUGUGUUAGUUACUAACUCCCCCUCUGGUCCCUCAGGGUCUAUGUUAGUUACUAACUCCCCCUCUGGACCCUCAGGGUCUGUGUUAGUUACUAACUCCCCCUCUGGUCCCUCAGGGUCUGUGUUGGUUACUAACUCCCCCUCUGGACCCUCAGGGUCUAUGUUAGUUACUAACUCCCCCUCUGGACCCUCAGGGUCUGUGUUAGUUACUAACUCCCCCUCUGGACCCUCAGGGUCUAUGUUAGUUACUAACUCCCCCUCUGGACCCUCAGGGUCUGUGUUAGUUACUAACUCCCCCUCUGGUCCCUCAGGGUCUAUGUUAGUUACUAACUCCCCCUCUGGUCCCUCAGGGUCUGUGUUAGUUACUAACUCCCCCUCUGGUCCCUCAGGGUCUAUGUUAGUUACUAACUCCCCCUCUGGUCCCUCAGGGUCUGUGUUAGUUACUAACUCCCCCUCUGGACCCUCAGGGUCUAUGUUAGUUACUAACUCCCCCUCUGGUCCCUCAGGGUCUGUGUUAGUUACUAACUCCCCCUCUGGUCCCUCAGGGUCUGUGUUAGUUACUAACUCCCCCUCUGGUCCCUCAGGGUCUAUGUUAGUUACUAACUCCCCCUCUGGUCCCUCAGGGUCUGUGUUAGUUACUAACUCCCCCUCUGGUCCCUCAGGGUCUGUGUUAGUUACUAACUCCCCCUCUGGACCCUCAGGGUCUAUGUUAGUUACUAACUCCCCCUCUGGUCCCUCAGGGUCUGUGUUAGUUACUAACUCCCCCUCUGGUCCCUCAGGGUCUGUGUUAGUUACUAACUCCCCCUCUGGUCCCUCAGGGUCUGUGUUAGUUACUAACUCCCCCUCUGGACCCUCAGGGUCUGUGUUGGUUACUAACUCCCCCUCUGGUCCCUCAGGGUCUGUGUUAGUUACUAACUCCCCCUCUGGACCCUCAGGGUCUGUGUUAGUUACUAACUCCCCCUCUGGACCCUCAGGGUCUAUGUUAGUUACUAACUCCCCCUCUGGUCCCUCAGGGUCUGUGUUAGUUACUAACUCCCCCUCUGGUCCCUCAGGGUCUGUGUUAGUUACUAACUCCCCCUCUGGUCCCUCAGGGUCUGUGUUAGUUACUAACUCCCCCUCUGGACCCUCAGGGUCUAUGUUAGUUACUAACUCCCCCUCUGGUCCCUCAGGGUCUGUGUUAGUUACUAACUCCCCCUCUGGUCCCUCAGGGUCUGUGUUAGUUACUAACUCCCCCUCUGGACCCUCAGGGUCUAUGUUAGUUACUAACUCCCCCUCUGGUCCCUCAGGGUCUGUGUUAGUUACUAACUCCCCCUCUGGUCCCUCAGGGUCUGUGUUAGUUACUAACUCCCCCUCUGGUCCCUCAGGGUCUGUGUUAGUUACUAACUCCCCCUCUGGUCCCUCAGGGUCUGUGUUAGUUACUAACUCCCCCUCUGGACCCUCAGGGUCUAUGUUAGUUACUAACUCCCCCUCUGGACCCUCAGGGUCUAUGUUAGUUACUAACUCCCCCUCUGGACCCUCAGGGUCUGUGUUAGUUACUAACUCCCCCUCUGGUCCCUCAGGGUCUGUGUUAGUUACUAACUCCCCCUCUGGACCCUCAGGGUCUGUGUUAGUUACUAACUCCCCUCUUGUCCCUCAGGGUCUGUGUUAGUUACUAACUCCCCUCUGGACCCUCAGGGUCUGUGUUAGUUACUAACUCCCCUCUUGUCCCUCAAGGUCUGUGUUAGUUACUAACUCCCCCUCUGGUCCCUCAGGGUCUGUGUUAGUUACUAACUCCCCUCUUGUCCCUCAGGGUCUGUGUUAGUUACUAACUCCCCUCUUGUCCCUCAGGGUCUGUGUUAGUUACUAACUCCCCCUCUGGACCCUCAGGGUCUAUGUUAGUUACUAACUCCCCCUCUGGUCCCUCAGGGUCUGUGUUAGUUACUAACUCCCCCUCUGGUCCCUCAGGGUCUGUGUUAGUUACUAACUCCCCCUCUGGACCCUCAGGGUCUGUGUUAGUUACUAACUCCCCCUCUGGACCCUCAGGGUCUGUGUUAGUUACUAACUCCCCCUCUGGUCCCUCAGGGUCUGUGUUAGUUACUAACUCCCCCUCUGGUCCCUCAGGGUCUGUGUUAGUUACUAACUCCCCUCUUGUCCCUCAAGGUCUGUGUUAGUUACUAACUCCCCCUCUGGUCCCUCAAGGUCUGUGUUAGUUACUAACUACCCCUCUGGUCCCUCAGGGUCUGUGUUAGUUACUAACUCCCCCUCUGGUCCCUCAGGGUCUGUGUUAGUUACUAACUCCCCUCUUGUCCCUCAAGGUCUGUGUUAGUUACUAACUCCCCUCUUGUCCCUCAGGGUCUGUGUUAGUUACUAACUCCCCUCUUGUCCCUCAGGGUCUGUGUUAGUUACUAACUCCCCCUCUGGUCCCUCAGGGUCUGUGUUAGUUACUAACUCCCCUCUUGUCCCUCAGGGUCUGUGUUAGUUACUAACUCCCCUCUUGUCCCUCAGGGUCUGUGUUAGUUACUAACUCCCCUCUUGUCCCUCAGGGUCUGUGUUAGUUACUAACUCCCCUCUUGUCCCUCAGGGUCUGUGUUAGUUACUAACUCCCCCUCUGGUCCCUCAGGGUCUGUGUUAGUUACUAACUCCCCUCUUGUCCCUCAAGGUCUGUGUUAGUUACUAACUCCCCUCUUGUCCCUCAGG